AGCACGGUUCGCCAACACAAUUUCCUUCCCCUGGACCUUUUCAUCAACGCACAUGGCGCAGCAAGCCGACACAUCGGCGGAGCACAGGGCUCCGCCAUCGACGCAGCCGUCAAUCAGCGAGAAGGCCGCGGACUCGGCUAGCAAGGUGGAGGCCAUGGACGACAGUCUGCCGGAGCUGCAGGGCAAGCUCGAGCUAACAGAAGCCGAGCAGGCGACCUACAAGCGGUACCUGCGCAAGACGGACCUGCGCCUGGCGCUCUUCAUCUGCUGCGGCUACAUGUUCAGUUUCCUGAACCGGGUAGCGCUAAGCCAAUCGAAGCCGGUCGGGGUGGUUGCGGACAUGCACCUGGACGACGUGACGGUGCCGCUGUCGAUAUUCUACGUGUCGUAUCUGAUCUUCCAAGUCCCCAGCAAUAUCGUUCUGAAGCACGUGCGGCCGAGCCUCUGGCUUUCGUUUCUGGCGGCGGCCUGGUCGGUGACGGGCGCACUGGGGGCAUUGGCGAAAAGCAAGGGCGGGAUUAUCGCGGUGCGGUUCUGCAUUGGCAUGUUCGAGGCCGGGUUUACGUCGGGGGUGAUUGCGGUGUAUGCGUCGUGGUAUCCGCGCGACCAGCUGAGCCGGCGGCUCGGAUGGAUGUACAGCUCGGCGUCGUUGGCCAGCAUGUGGGCGGGGCCGGCGGCGGCCGGACUGGGCAGCAUCAAGUCGGAUGUGCUGCGGCCGUACCAGAUCCUGUUUAUAUUCUACGGAUGCUCGUCGCUGGUGUGGAGUGUUGUGGCGUUCUUUAUGGUUAAGGAUUACCCAGCCACGUGCAGCUUCCUGGAUGGGGACGAGAAGGCGGUGAUCAGAAAGAUCAUGGUGCAGCAGGGCACUUUGGCCAAGACCGGCGAGUUCAGCCGGCGCCAGCUCUACCGGUCGUUGCUGGACUGGCGGAUCUGGGCCUGGUCGGUGAUCGGCUUUUCCGGCAAUAUCACAGCCAACACCGGGCCGCUGUUCGCGCCCAUCUUCACGGUCGAAAUGGGAUUCGGGCGAAUCGCCGGCCAGGGCAUGUCGGCGAUUCCCAACUUUGUCAGCUUCCUGGUAUCGUUCUUCUCGGGCACCCUGGCGCAAUGGGCCGGCAGCAGCAGCGUAUUGCUGGUGUAUGCGCAGAUUCUCAAUAUUGUCGGCUUGGUGAUGGCCGUGGCCACGACGCAGAGCGCCGUAAGGUUUGUUGGCCUGUGCAUUUUCAACGGCGCCAGCAUUCUGGUCGUGCCCACGGCGCCCGGCUGGGCCGUGUCGAAUCAAUCGGGAACUACAAAGACCUCGGUGGCCGCCGCCAUGGUCUCGGCCAUUGGCGCAUUUGGCGGAUUCGCCGCCUCGUAUAUGUAUCCGGGCAGAGAUGCGCCGCGGUACCUGGCCGGACAUGUAGCAAAUAUCGCCGUAUGUGCGUUUGUCGCCGUAGCCACCCUGGCCAUGCGCGUGUCGCUGCAGACUUCCAAUCGCAGGCGCGAGAAGAACCCACAGGAUAUCUCGCAGAUGACGUCCGAGGAGAUUGCGGAUCUGGGCGACCGCCACCCGAACUUCCGGUACCGGCUGUAAUUUUCUUUGUGAAAAGCAGCUGUCGCAACUUGUUA